AUGGGAAUAUCCCACACACAAACGGGAACAAUCUCCACAGAUCCGCGAUCAGAUGCACGCUCCGUCGUCAGCGCGUCACUUCGGAUAGCCGGAGGAAAAGCGACGGUGAAGGAAAAAAACAUGGCGAAAGGAACGACGACGAUUGAUGUCGGAGCGGACGGAGUUGCUCUCAUCACCAUCAUCAAUCCUCCCGUCAAUUCCCUCUCCUUCGACGUGUUGUACAGCUUGAAAGAAAGCUAUGAUCAGGCAUUACGCAGAGAUGAUGUCAAGGCAAUUGUUGUUACCGGUGCAAAGGGAAAGUUCUCUGGUGGAUUUGAUAUCAGUGCUUUUGGCGGAGUUCAGACUGGAAAGGUGGAUCAACCAAAGCCUGGUUACAUAUCAAUUGACGUACUUACAGAUACUGUUGAAGCUGCAAGAAAGCCUUCUGUUGCUGCAAUUGAUGGCCUUGCCUUGGGCGGUGGACUGGAAGUUGCAAUGGCUUGCCAUGCUCGAAUCUCAACCCCUACUGCACAAUUGGGCUUGCCUGAACUUCAACUUGGAAUUAUUCCUGGAUUUGGAGGAACACAGAGACUUCCACGUCUUGUUGGGAUCUCAAAAGCCCUUGAAAUGAUGCUGACGUCGAAACCAGUGAAAGGAACUGAAGCUCAUGGUUUGGGCCUUGUGGAUAGUCUAGUUUCUCCUAAUGAGUUGGUUUCCUCUGCACGCCGCUGGGCCCUAGACAUGGUGGAGGGCAAAAGACCAUGGGUUGCUAGCCUUUACAAGACCGAUAAGUUGGACUCAUUUGGAGAGGCAAGGGAGAUUUUCAAAUUUGGAAGAGCACAAGUGCGGAGACAAGCUCCCAACCUUCAACAUCCUUUAGUUUGCAUUGAUGUUGUGGAAACAGGCAUAAUUUCUGGUCCCAGAGCUGGUUUGUGGAAGGAGUUUGAAUCUUUCCAAGAACUCGUCCGUUCUGACACCUGCAAGAGUCUGGUUCACAUAUUCUUUGCUCAGCGUGGAACAACUAAGGUUCCUGCAGUCACAGACCUGGGAUUGAAGCCCAGACGAGUGAAUAAGGUUGCCGUUAUUGGUGGAGGACUGAUGGGUUCUGGAAUAGCUACUGCAUUAGUCCUAAGUAAUUAUCCUGUUAUUUUAAAAGAAAUCAACGAGAAGUUCUUGCAGGCUGGGCUGGAUAGAGUCAAAGCCAAUUUGCAGAGCCGAGUGAAGAAAGGAAAGAUGACUCAGGAAAAGUUUGAGAAAACUUUUUCUCUUCUUAAGGGUGCUCUUGAUUAUGAAAGCUUUAGAGAUGUGGACAUGGUCAUAGAGGCUGUAAUUGAAAACGUCUCAUUGAAGCAACAAAUCUUUGCGGACCUCGAGAAGUACUGCCCACCGCAUUGCAUACUUGCAAGCAACACUUCCACAAUUGACUUGAACUUGGUAGGCAGCAAGACAAGGUCUCAUGAUAGGAUCAUCGGAGCCCAUUUCUUUAGUCCGGCUCAUAUCAUGCCACUCCUGGAAAUUGUUCGCACCAACAAGACUUCUCCUCAAGUUAUUGUCGAUCUACUAGAUGUCGGUAAAAAGAUCAGGAAGACUCCAGUUGUUGUUGGGAACUGUACUGGGUUUGCAGUCAACAGAAUGUUCUUCCCUUACACACAAGCUGCUCUUUUACUUGUGGAGCAUGGAACUGAUCUUUAUCUCAUCGAUAAGGCUGUUACCAAAUUCGGAAUGCCAAUGGGCCCUUUCCGGUUGGUUGACUUGGUUGGUUUUGGUGUGGGAGUUGCCACUGCAAUGCAGUUUAUCGAGAAUUUCCCAGAGCGAACCUACAAGUCUAUGGUUAUUCCUCUAAUGCAAGAGGAUAAGAGAGCAGGUGAAACUACUCGCAAAGGAUUCUACCUCUACGAUGACAAACGCAAAGCACGUCCAGAUCCUGAGGUGAAGAAAUAUAUUGAGAAGGCACGAAGCAUUUCUGGCGUUUCAGUGGAUCCCAAGGUACGUCAUAGGUGGCGUGGACUUUCUGGUUCUCUUACUAUUGGUUGUUUGACAAUCAUAUCCUCCUCUGUUUCUCAUUUCUUCUCGACUCAACACUUCCAACAGUUGGCUAAAUUAUCGGAGAAGGACAUAAUCGAAAUGAUAUUCCUCCCCGUGGUCAACGAGGCCUGCAGAGUUUUCGCUGAGGGCAUUGCAGUUAAAGCUGCAGACCUCGACAUAUCAUCUGUCAUGGGAAUGGGUUUCCCUCCUUACAGGGGAGGCAUUAUGUUCUGGGCGGAUUCACUAGGAUCGAAGUACAUCUACACGAGAUUGGAGGAAUGGUCCAAGACAUUCGGCGGCUUCUUCAAGCCCUGUGCUUUCUUGGCUGAGCGAGCUGCGGCGGGUGCUCCUCUGAGUGCUCCAGUGGAGCAAGCAAAAUCGCGGAUGUAGGACUCUCGGUCUCGAGCACGAUGAAAUACGAAUCACCCUUACGUGUGGAGAAAUUUUCCAAAGAAAUUAUCUCCUCUUUGUCUUACCAGCAGAAUAAUGUCUUGAUGACAGAGAACUGGGGAGAAAGAAACAUAUUUUAAGAAACGAGAACUAGUAGAAUAAUACUUCUUGUUUAGAAUAGUCAAAAUCUGGAUGUGAUUUUAUGGCAUCUAUUUCCAGAGCUGUUCUUCUUCUGCGUCAGCCUGGAGGCUCAUAUUAUAUGAACCACAGUAUUUCCAGACCUGAGCAAUGUUUUUUUUUUUUUUUGCUUUGUGGGGAAACAAUUUACUGCUACAAGACAGCAAAUUUUAAUAUUUUCAAGGUACUGAUUUCAAAGUUCAAACUAAACAGUUUAGGCUUGUCAUUUAGUAUAAACUGUAUAAUUGUAUUCUAAUCUCGA